CCUCCUGCACACAGGAUAUGUAAGUUAUUUUGCCAGUUGCCUCGUCAAAUUGACUGUCUGUGUGUUUACCAUAUUUUCAGUAACUAUGGGCAGUUUAACAGUUAUGUUCGCGUGUUCUGCUAAGACCUUGAAGAUGAUCAAAAAUAACUCACAUGCAAUUUAUUUCAAGAGGACUCUAUUGCCACGACUGCCUCUCUUCAAACAAUCAGAAGGCAAGUGUAUCAACUUUGGUCGACUGUCAAGCUCCACAGCUGCCAGUGCAGCGAAGGGAGAGGACUCCUUCCUCAAAUGGCUUCUGCUUCUGAUCCCUGUCACCACAUUUGGUCUUGGGACAUGGCAGGUGAAACGUCGGGAAUGGAAAAUUAAGUUGAUUGCAGAACUGAGAAGUCUUACCUCCGUUGAACCCAUUCCUCUUCCUAUUGAUCCUCUGGAGUUGAACAAUCUGGAGUACAGGAGAGUAAAGGUGCGUGGGCACUAUGACCACUCCCAGGAGAUGUACAUCUUACCACGCUCACCUGUCGACCCAGAGAAAGAGGCAAGGGAGGCAGGCCAGCUGUCAUCCAGUGGAGAUACUGGAGCCAAUGUCGUUACCCCGUUCUACUGCAGUGACCUAGGGAUCACGAUCCUUGUAAACAGAGGAUAUGUUCCUAGGAAGAAGAUCAAGCCAGAAACCAGGAUGAAGGGACAGGUGGAUGACGAGGUUGACCUGGUAGGUGUGGUGAGGCUGACAGAGAUCCGCAAACCCUUUGUGCCACAAAACGACGUGGAGCGCAACCGCUGGCACUACCGCGACCUGGAGACAAUGGCUAGAGUCACAGGGGCUGAGCAGAUCUUCAUCGAUGCUGACCUGGCCAGCACAAUUCCGGGUGGACCUAUAGGAGGACAGACCCGAGUCACCCUAAGGAAUGAACAUAUGCAGUACAUUAUGACGUGGUAUGGCCUCUGUGCAGCAACCUCUUACAUGUGGUAUGCCAAGUUCAUCAAAAGGAUUGUGUAAAACACCCCACAAUGGCUUGAGUAGUGGACAUUAAUAUGUUUGUCAUGAAUAUACCACAGCGAGAUCAUGGCAGUAUAGAAGCUGCUGUAGGUACUUAAUGUCUAGGUUUUAUUUGACAAAUGUACACUUACAAAUGGAACAUGUAAAGUUGUUGGUUUCAUGAGCUGAAAUAAAGACCCCAGAAAUUUGACACAA